UGCACACUUACUGGGAUUCUGACUGCUGAUCAGCUGCUGGUAGAUAUGGGACUCCAUCCUUACUUGGUUAGCUAAAGUCAGAACGUUUCAUAUCUUGGUUUCCUGUGAGACAGUGGGAGCAAACAAAGAGGAGCAAUGUGGACCAAACAGUUUGGUUUUCUGGUCGGCGCCCUGUGCAUGUGCCAGGUUUUUUCACAAGACAUCUAUGUUGCGGAGGUGAUGGUGGAGAGCAACGUCACGCUGACCGCUCAGAGCAUCCUGGCGAGUUGGGCCCCAUCCGUUUCACUCAAUGUGGGUGGAAACAAUGUGAUAAUCAGCAGCAGCCAGCUGGUCGCAGAGUGCCUGGUUGUUGGAGAAGACUACAACUGCAACUGCUCCAAAGGCUACGCUUGGAGUAACGAGGUCUGCUACAAUUACGGCUGCUGUACCGAAACUCCAUGUCUGAAAAAUGUGUCCCAGGCUACAUCCAUCUGUGUUGAGAAAUUCGAUGUUAUCAUCAAUGGAUCCGUUCAGCUGACUUCGGGGUCCUGGACUUCUGUACAAACCACGAAGCUUAAUGCUGGGCUGAAUUUGAUGAAUGGCGUGGGAUCCGUGAAUAUCACCGGGCCGAGACCUUCAGAUCCGACCAUUGCUGACUUUCAGAUGGGUGUCUAUGUCAGAUUAGACGUACCGACGUUUCAACAGAUUCUGACUGCUCUGUCUACCAACCUGACAUCGGCCCCAAUUUACGUCGACACUAAAAAAAUGGUAAACAUCUCUGCAGAAACCAGUACAGUGGAAUAUGAGGGCAUAAUUAGUCUUACCUGCCAAAUGGAGGAAGCCACAGGCAGCGCUGGGUGGAACCUAAGCAAACCAUUUGAGCGCUUUUCGAUCAACAAAGGCCUUCUGACCCAAAUUAACACGGACUGUGUCACUGAAAAAUACAAAUCCUGUGUGAAACUUGUUGUAACUAAAGCAACAGGUGCCUGGACAGGUACAUAUGAGUGUGGAUUUACUACUGGAACAAUCAGACACACUGCCAGCAUUCCCAUAAAAGUCGUUCUCCUGCCGGAUGUGAUUACCAUGAAGUUUAGCCCUUUGAUUGCAGAUUGUUCUGGCAAUAAACCUCCUAUAACUGUUACAGCAACUAUCCCAGAGUCUGAAGAGCCAUACACAUACUUUUGGAGCUACAAUAAUAAACCUGGUCCACAGAGUAGUGCAACCAAUAAAAUAAGUUUUCAAUACAACGGUUGGGUGGAGUGUGAGCUUAAUGUAGCACCUGUGAAAAUCACUUUUCGAAACAACCUAAACCAGGAUAAGAAUGCAUCUGUGGAAAUCCCUGUGUUUCGUGACACUGCAAAAUUCUGCAAAGAUGAGACUCUCAACAACGAGGUUUGGCCAAAAACUCCGGCUGGAGUGACAUUAUUUAAUCGGACUUGUCCACCACGCAGGGUAGGGUACAAGUCACGUCAAUGUGGUCCAGAGGGAGAAUGGAAAGAGGUUUUCUCCCAAUGCAUCAGUGAGGAGCUGAGCAAAGUUACAGACGCAGCUAACAAUUUUUUGAGUGGACUUGGAGCCACACAGGAAGUGGCUAAGGACAUAUUUGGAGGAAUCAAGAACAGCUCUAGUUUAAGUUCCGAUGGCUCUGGUGCUGACACUGCUGACAUUGGUGCUUCCAUUGGCAUCAUAGGAGUGAUGGCCAAUGCUUCAGUCAACGUUGUUUUGGAUGAGACAGUGUUUCCUGAUUUAAUUGAUGCAGCCAGCAAUAUGGUCAACUCAAGCUGGAAUGGGGUAAAUGAUUCAGUCCGUCACGGCAUGUCUGCAAACUACCUUUCCAGUGUGGAGACUUUGGUGAAGAACAUCAAGAUCAACACCAGUGAGGGUUUCAACAGUACAAACCUGGAGCUCAAAUUCUGCUCAAGUGAUGACUGCAGCAUUUCUGUGUUUGGCAUUGAUGUGAAUUUGAACAAGACCAAUGGAACAAUGAAAACCAUGGGCGUGAGGAAUCUGAUGGAAAAAUUGAAAAACAAGAAAUUUCCAGGCAAAAAUCACAGCAGUAUAGUGCUGUCAACCACCCUCGAAGGCAACAAUGAUUCAGAUAUUACGAUUAAAAUGUUCUUCCCUGACGAGCAACCAACCGCCACAGAACGUCUCUGUGUCUUCUGGGAUACAAAUAUAAAAGACUGGUCCAGCGAAGGCUGCAUUGCCAACGUCACCGAUGACAACCAAACACUCUGCGAAUGCAACCACCUCACUUCCUUCUCUGUUCUCAUGUCCAAAGGCGACACCACCAAGGAUACUACGAUCCUUGACAUGAUCACAAACAUUGGACUGGGUGUGUCUGUUUUCUCCCUGCUGAUCUUUCUUUUCGUCGAAUCCUUGGUGUGGUCAGCGGUGACAAAGACGAACCUGUCGCAUUUCCGUCACACAGCCGUGGUGAACAUUGCCGUGUUCCGCCUGCUCGCAGACUGCAGCUUCUUGGCUUCAACUAAACCCGAACAACUCUCCGAUACCUGGUGCUUUACCUUCACCGUCUGCAAGCACCUGUUUUACCUGGCAAUGUUCUGCUGGAUGCUUUGUCUGAGUGUGAUGCUCGUCCACCAACUCAUCUUUGUUUUCAGCCCAGUCAGGAAAAGAGUCUUCAUGUACCUCUCCAGCAUUGUAGGCUAUGUUGUACCAAUUGCACUAGUGGGAGCCAGCUAUGUGUAUUACAAAUACAAAGAACAGGACUACUACUGUAGAAAGUCUUGUUGGUUGACAUAUGUCCGGCUGUUGGAGGGCUCCAUUCACGCAUUUAUUCUUCCUGUGGGAACCAUUAUUUUGUCAAAUCUCUUCUCCAUGGUGGUUGUCAUUGUCACCCUGGUGAAGACCUCUGCACCAGACAGCAGCAAAUCAGAUGACAAGGACACAGCCAAGAGCAUUCUCAAAGUGAUCGUCUUUCUAGCUCCUGUCUUUGGAGUAACGUGGAUCAUUGGGUUUGGUUUACUUAUGCUGGAUGAAAACAGCUCCUUGUAUCCGGUUGCUGACUACGCCUUCGUCAUCCUCAAUUCUUUUCAGGGCCUUUUCAUUCUGCUAACAGGUGCUGUGGGAGAGCAGAAGGUGAGGCAGGAAGUGGUUAGAAUCAUAAUGGUAAAAACUGGACGAGACACUGAUGGUGCCAAGAAACUGACUAAUAGUUCAUCUACACUCUACACAAAAGACAAAUGAUGGAGACAGCGGAAACAGUAAGAGCAGCUCUGGCGACCACAGCGCCCCCCUGUGACCCAGGAGAGAACACUUCUUGAAGUUUGCAAUGUAGUAGAUUUUUGAUCCGUAGACUGUUCCAAAUGUGUAGCUGGUUGCUCUAAGAACAUAAUCAAAAAACAAUCAAGUAGAAGACUAAUGAUAAUUAGCAGUGAGUUGGUGAUAUUUCCAAAAUGAUGCAUAUAUACUGUAGAAGUACAUUCUAAAUGUGUUACUGACCAAUGAGACAAAAGAUGCAUUUAAAUAGCCAAUAUUUUCUUUAGGUUUUGGGUCAGUGUGGAGCUU